AUGUCGAGUCAUCCACAGCCAUCGCCGCCCGGCGGUAUGCCUGCUCACCUAGGUCCUAUGAUGGGACACCCUCAGGUCAACGGUCAUAUCCCGGUGCAGAAGAGCAAUGGACCGCAGAUAAUAACUCAGAUGAAUGAACAGAUAUGGAUACAACUCGGAAGCUUAGCAGAACUGAUGGGCGACCUCGACGGGGCUCUUCAAUCUUACGAACACGCCUUGCGACACAACCAAUGGUCGGUACCGGCGAUGACUGGCAUAGCUACCAUCCUGAGAACCAGGGAACAAUUUGCAAAGGCAGUAGAAUAUUUGCAGAAUAUCCUCAAGAUCGACGCAAAUAAUGGCGAAAUAUGGGGCAGUCUAGGACAUUGUCACUUGAUGAUGGAUAAUCUGCAGGAAGCAUAUACUUCCUACCAGCAAGCGCUAUACUACCUUCGUGAUCCCAAAGAACCCAAGCUUUGGUACGGGAUCGGGAUCCUCUACGACCGUUACGGAUCACUGGAUCAUGCUGAAGAAGCAUUCUCGCAAGUCAUGCGCAUGCAGCCAGACUUUGAGAAGGCAAAUGAGAUCUAUUUCAGACUUGGCAUAAUCUAUAAACAGCAACAGAAAUUUCAACAAAGCUUGGAGUGUUUUAGAUACAUCGUCCACGAUCCUCCACGCCCAUUGAACGAAGAAGACAUUUGGUUCCAGAUUGGUCACGUGCAUGAGCAACAGAAAGAUUACGAGAGCGCCAAGCACGCAUAUAGACGUGUUCUGGAACGAGAUUCGAAGCAUGCAAAGGUGUUGCAACAGCUUGGCUGGCUACACCACCAGCAAAAUAAUGAAGAUGCACAAAGCUGGUACCUGCUGGGUCGCUGCUACAUGGCACAGCAGAAGUUCCCCAAGGCGUACGAAGCCUACCAACAAGCAGUCUAUCGGGAUGGACGCAAUCCCACCUUCUGGUGCUCUAUCGGUGUCCUUUACUACCAGAUAAACCAGUAUCGGGAUGCGCUGGAUGCAUAUUCUCGCGCCAUCCGCCUCAAUCCUUACAUCUCCGAGGUUUGGUACGACCUGGGUACAUUGUAUGAGUCAUGCAACAACCAAACCAACGACGCCCUCGAUGCAUACACCAGAGCUGCCGAGUUGGAUCCGACUAACAUCCACAUCAAAGCACGGUUGCAGUUGCUUCGAAGUGGACAGGCAACGGGUCCUAACCAGCACAAUGCCCCCAUCCCACAAGAUGUUCACCCACAGGCCUACCAGAAUGGCGUGGGCGUUCCACCUGGACCACAGUGGGGUGCCGCGGCUCCCCAAGCUGCACCUCCACAACAUCCGCAGCCCCCUCAGGGCCGCGUUGCGGACUGGACUCGAAACAUCGCUGACGUUUCGAACCCGCCGCAACAGCCUCCGCUAGCCAAACCCUACGAGCAGAGGGACUCGAUGAGAGCACCGCCUCAAAGGCAGCCGUCUCCCCGGCAGGAACCACCUCGACAUUAUGCCGAUCAGGCCCGACAUACACCUGCAAGGAAACCGAUGUCUCCUUCUCCCAAAAUGAAUUCUGCUGUUCCGAGCAUGUAUCCACCCGGACCACACACUCUACCGCAACUCAACGGUCCGGACAGGAACAAUCAAAAUUACGGUCCGGGAGUGAGGCCUCAGCCUCAGCCGAACGGGACCCCUAUCAACGGCAGUCAUACCCUGCUGCCUCAAGGACCUCUUCCACCAUACGGAAGGCCUUUCAGCCCCCCGAACGAGUUGAGACCCCUGAGAGACGAGAGGCCUCCGUCACCAGGACCUGGCUAUCAUCAUCAGCCGCCGCAGCCGCACCAGCAGCCCUACAACCAUAGCCAGCCCUUCCCCGGCGCCUCGUCUAUGGCUGCGGGCGCACCGGCACCUCCUGCAGCACACCCCAUGCCGGAUGGCAUGCCACGGGACGCUCACGAUCGGCCGCCUUCUGCAAUGAAGCGUCAUCGUGAGUGGGAAUCCGAAAGCGGUCCCUCCAAAAAAGUGGCCAAUGACGAGACUCGUGCUCGCCUUGAUGAGCACGCAUCCCGUCGGGCCAGUCCUCCAGGCCGGGUUCCCACCCCUCGCGAUGCGCACCGUCGCAGCUCCUCGGAGAUACGUAAGGAGAAUCAGCGGAUCGCCGACCAAAACUAUCACCCUUCGGAGGCUGCGCAUCAUCCAGCUCCACUAGCUCCUCCUCCAUCUCAGAUGCAGCCACAACAUGCCAUUCAACAAAGUCCUCAUACACCACUGUCACAACACCCGCAACACAUACCUUCCAUGAACACCAUGUACGAUGCUGCGAAGGAGGAGCGGAAGGAGCAGGUUGAAGGCGCUGCUCGAAAAGUGAAUGUCGACGAGGACUACGACGAUGAUGGUGAGGAUGAGAAGAAGGCUGUUCUCUCGGGCAGCAUGGGCGGAUCCGGCCAGGCUUCACCAAGAGGAAUGUCCAGCGUUACUGGCCAGCCCAAAGCGGAAAGUAUUUCUGCGUAA